GGGCCCGGACAGGAGCCGGCCUCCCGCUCACUUGACAGCGGCAGAUCGAGGCCAGCGCGUAGAAAAAAUCGCGUUGGGGCGCGUGGGGCUGCUCGUGGCCAUGGUGGAAUCCGGACGGAGCCUCCUCCAGUGGUAAGAGGAGAAAGCCCCCUUUCUGUUGUCGAAGCUGGUUCUGCCUCUGUUACCUCAUCACAAGAGACAAGAAGUUUCUCCACCUAACAUAAGUGGACACAAUGGUGGAUUACUAUGAAGCACUGGGGGUGCCCCACAACGCCUCUCCGGAUGACAUAAAAAAGGCGUACAGAAAGAAAGCCCUGCAAUGGCACCCGGAUAAAAACCCAGAUAACAAGGAAUAUGCUGAGCAGAAGUUUAAGGAGAUAGCAGAGGCCUAUGAAGUGCUAUCUGACAAGAGCAAGCGUGAAGUCUACGACCGAUAUGGCAAAGAAGGGCUCAUGGGUGCAGCUGGUUCCGGUGGUUCCAGGGCUCAUCCAGGACCAGAAUUCACUUUCACUUUCCGGAGCGCCCACGAUGUCUUCCGGGAGUUCUUUGGAGGGCGAGAUCCAUUUGCUGACUUUUUUGAUGAUCCAUUUGCAGACUUACGUGGAUCUGGACCCCGGCAUCCUGCAGCAGGGCCUUUCUUCUCCUCUUUUCCUGCAUCAUCGGAGUUCUUCUCUUCUUCGCUCGGACCGGGGCUUAAUGCUGGAAUGGGCUUCCGCUCUGUCUCCACUUCUACAAGGUUCAUCAAUGGCAAGCGCAUCACUACCAAGAGGAUCAUUGAAAAUGGACAAGAGAGGAUAGAAGUGGAAGAAGAUGGGGAGCUGAAAUCCAUCCAGAUUAAUGGGAUUCCAGACGACUUGGCACUAGGCUUGGAGCUGAGCCGGCGUGAGCAGCAAGCGCUACAGAACCGCACAUCAUCGGCAUCUCCUCCAGUGACGCCACCUCAACACCCACCGCCCAAGCGCCCAUCCCCGAGUUCCUCCCCUGUGAUCUUGUACACAGACAGUGACGAGGAGGAUGAAGAUCUGCAGCUGGCUAUGGCCUACAGCCUGUCUGAGAUGGAGGCCAAGGGCCAGCACAGAGCAGACCCUGAAGGACAGGCAUAUUCUGUCUGACACCCCUCCAUGCUGCCUCCCUGCAGGUAACCCUCAAAUGUUCAUUUUACCUGAUCAGUUGAAACAGCAGGGCUGUGUAUAUUUCUAAUACCCUUGGCUUUGACCAUGCACAUAGGCCAUGUGAUCCUCUUCUCUCAAACAUUUAAAGAAAAUUUCAGGUUGCAGGACCUCUAUGAACUUUCCUUCCAUUCUUUUUUCACUUACCCCUGUUUAUGAUUUUAAAACCUGAUUUUGAAAAAUGCCUUGUAGAGGAAAGGAAAAAAAAUACAAAAAGAACAUUUGCAGAGUCAUUUAUUUGUAUUAUUCUGGUUGCAGAUAUUUGCUUGGGGAAAAUAUAAGAAUAUACACAACCCUGGUCUUUUUGAUUUAUGGGACUCAGCCUUGCUUGCCUCUGUGCAACUACCCUAUGCAUGUGUUCCCCUCUUCUUCGCUGUCACUCUGACAAAGAGGCAAGAGGUUGGGGGAGGAUGACAGAGGGAGAACAAAUGUUUAUAUUGGCCAGGGCUAUCCUUUGCUAUGUUAGGCCAGUUCACACAACCCAGACAAUAUGAAGGCAAGACUAGAAUAUAUGUUUAUGGCAAAAUAAAUAUUUCAUUAAAUGUUUCUGAUAUACUCAGGGAUGCACAGAAAGUAAAUCAGGAUCUAGCGAGUGAUGUUAAGACAUCUGCUGUAAAUUGGGAAAGAUUUCUGACCCUCUUCCAAAAUAGCAACAAGAAUGGCUCUUUUAUUAAAUGAUAUAGCUAAGAUGAAAAACAAAAAAGCUUGAGGUCAGUAGUGAGUAAACAGGAGGGUGUGUGUAAACAAACUGUGAGCUCUGCAAAGGCAGAUAAAUAUGGGUGGGUGGAGUGAGCCUGUUUCAUUGGCACGCUCAUUACAAGGCUCUAUGCCACAAAUGCAGCUCCAACCAGCAUUCUUAUUUCUAUUUGUUGGGUAAAUUGCAUCUACAAUUUCACUCAUUUGGAGAACGCCAGUUGCAAGAAUUGGAGGCCUUGCUGUCUUCCUCCCACUCCCAUUGUAACAGAAUCUUGGUAGAGCACUAUUAUAAUCAAUAAUAGACAAGGAUUAGUAGGAAGAGGUGGGAAUGUUAUUUACCACGAAUAGCUCAUUAAUACGAGCUCUUCUGGUGUACACGUUCCCUGUUCUGCAUGCUCCGGUGCACUCCUUCCUUGCCACACACAGGUUGAAGCACAGUGGUUCUUGCAUGAUGUUACGGGUUUGCAACAGCUGUCUUGAUGCUAAAGUAUCUGCCUCCCCUUCUUUGGGGAAUACGUCACAGCUCAGGCACUGCUUGCUGCCCCCCACUUUUCACUGUUGUCUAAUUCACGCGGUGUCUGUAUUUUUCUCCACCCCUUCCCCCUAUUCUGUCUCCGUGCUUGUCU